AUGGUCAAGAUUCUCAAUACUAAGAAUGACAACUAUCAACAAUCCAAUCGUUGGAAAAUAUUAGGCAUAUUUUUUGGUUAUGUUAUUUAUGUAUAUAAUAAAAAAUCUUUGAUACCAUUAUUUACCGAAUUAAUUAGCGAAUUUGGCUUUUCCGAACAAGAUGCUGGUUUUAUAACCAGUGCGCAACAAGUGUCCAUUUCGGUGGUCACAUUUUUAGGUGGAAUAUUGACCGAUUAUUUACCAUCAACAUUUUUAUUUUCUGUUGGUCUUUUAAUUACCGGAAUAACUACAUUGUUCUUUCCAUCCGGUACGAAUGUCUAUUACUUCGCUACGAUUUGGCUAAUUAAUGGUAUUGGUCAUGGCCUGGAAUUGCCCACUGCGAUAUGGUUGACGAAACAUUUUAGUACCAAAGAUACGUUCGCAACUAACUGGUCGUUUGUGAUGACGGCCGUUAAUAUUGCCGGUAUUAUCACUCCAACAUGGUCAAUCUUUCUUAGCAGUAAUUUUGGUUGGAAAAUGGCCCUAUAUAUUUCGGGAACAUUGACAUUUGCCACUGGAUUAGUCAUGUUAAUCUAUUUUAGAGAAGAAUCGAAUCUAAAAACGAAUCAUCAAAAAGAAAAUGAAGAAACAAUCAAGAAAACAACUGAAACUAAAAUGGGUGUAUGGGAUUUAUUUAUUUUUUUUCCACCGAUAUGGAUUGUUAUGAUUAAUCGUUUUGUAGUUGGCCUAUAUCGUUUAUCUGUGCAUGAUUGGUCACAGUUAUUUUUCGCAUCCUUUCAUCAAUAUAAUGAUCAUAAUAACCAAUAUUUAGCUAGUAUAUUCAUCACCGUUUUCGAAUCUAGUAGUAUUUUCGGGAAACUUCUUUUUGGCAAAAUUAAUGAUUAUUUUAUGCGAAAAAAACUAACACUAGUCAAUAAUAGAGGGCCAUCAUCAACAUUGGUCGUACGUUUAUCCAUAGCCAUAGGUUUACAUUUGAUCUCAGCGUUUGCAUUGUUCUUAUAUUGUAAUCUCUUAUCAACAACUAAAAACAUAUCGAUUUUUGUUUUAGUUGCUGUGAUAGCAGGUAUAUCAUCAGCUGGUAACGUUAUCACAUUAAGCAUAUUAUCCACUGAAAUCGGGGAUGAGAAAUAUCAAGGUCUCAUUACAUCGUUAUGUAAUCUGGCCACUAAACUUGGAGCAUUAUGUUCGGGAUAUCCUUUCACAUUAAUUGCCUUUUUGAUUGGUUGGCAUGGAGCUUAUACCUUUGUAAUGAUUAUUAUUAUAUUGACACUAACACUUGACAUGGUAUUUCAUGUUCGUUGCAAUAGUUAAUCUCGAAUAGAUGAAAAAAAUCAAUUAAAUCCUAGGUGAUUUCGAAAAUAAAACAUAGUAAAAUUACAAA